AUGGAGCAAGACAACCCACCGGCGCGUGCUGCCGUCAAAUCGAGGAAGCGUCCACAAUCCCGCGCCUCGACCACAUCCGUUCACAGCGCCGCAACACAACCUCCCAUGGACCAGUCGGCCUUUGCGGACUCAUCAGCCAUGUAUGCCGGUCAAUGGAUUCCGAACGACCAUGGCCACGGAAAGGACAUGGGUCCAGGCCCGCAAAUGUCGCCGGAGGACAUGAUUCUCCAAGCUGCCACCCACAUGCAGACGGCAAACCACGACUUUUCCAUGGACGGUUCAAUGGGAGCUGCCAUGGCUCAUCCUCACCACCACCAUAUCUCUUACCAGCAGCAGCAGCAGCAUGCCAUGACAAGACAUCCUCUUCCCGCCGAGCAGUACGUCGCCGCCAACGCAAGCUUCACCGAGGGAGAUGGCCAGAUGCUCGACCGUGAUGACAACGAGGAUGGUGAUUCCAUGUCUGGUCCCAUUGGCGCCGCAAAGCCGGCGGCCACUCGAUCCAGCGCCAAUAAUGAGCUCGAAAUGAGGCAACUUUUCACGGCAAACCGCCAUCGCAAGCUCCAAGACGUUGCCGGCGAACUGCAUGGUAACGAGCGAGGCCCCAACUCUGAGCGGACCCGUCAGGUUUUUGCCAUGUUAUGGAUCAAUUCUGUCUGUUCUAAAGGCAAAGGCUCUGUACCCCGCGGUCGCGUGUACGCAAACUAUGCAUCGCGAUGUGCCACCGAGAGAAUCACGGUCCUGAACCCUGCUAGCUUCGGAAAGCUGGUCCGCGUUCUCUUCCCCGGUCUCAAAACCCGUCGCCUGGGCGUUCGCGGAGAAUCCAAGUAUCAUUACGUCAAUUUUUCUCUCGUCGACGAUCAACCAAAUUUGAGGGAGUCGCAGCUACCUGCACCUAGGCCGCUCCCCGAAGCCAAGAGUCUCUUUCAAAAUUUCAACACAUCGGUUCAAAGCAACACGGCAAGCCGUGGUUCCCUGCCCUCGCCCCAAGAAGCUGCUCAAAGCCAGACGACCCCUAAUCCUGCUAAAUCAUCCGCCAGGUCUCAUAGUCUCUACAACCAACCUGACUUGGCCAGUAUCGACAAUAUCCGAAAUACUUCAACCAAGACGGAGCUUGAGCUCUCAUUCCUCCCUGGGGACGAUGACCCAGUAGAUCAGCAUGACGUUCUUGCGCUUCCGGCUAUUGAAUUAUACCUUCCUCAGGGGACAGAUCCUGAUGCUGCCAAGUCGUUGUCCGCGCUGUAUCGCUCACAUUGUACAUCACUAGUUGAAUGCAUCCGAUACUGCAGAGAGAAGACUUUCUUCCACUUAUACACAUCUUUCCAAGGCACUCUUACCAUGCCAGUCCAAAAACUGUUUGGACAUGCCUCUAUAGCGCCGUGGAUUGAGGGAUGUGAUUACGUUUUAUAUCAACGCAUGAUGAGCAUUAUUUCCGGGCUCACCCUUCAAGUGGUACCAAAACCGGUUCUCGACACCCUCCGCAACAUUUCAGAGAGACUGGGGCCACAUAUUCGCGAGUCCUUUCAAGGACAGCCCCAGCAUGUUCUGUCUGCCAAAGAAGCACCCGCGGCCCUCUUUUCAGGCCUGAUAGACCGAGCACUGCGGGUCAAUUUGACGGCCCACGCAGCAGCAAACAUGUUGUCGAAUCCUGCCAACAGAGAUCAAAUGUAUGUCGACUGGAUCACCAUGAUUCGUGCCAGGAAGAUUGCAGAGUGUGUCCCAACGCGCGGCAUGGACGACGUGGUAGACAUUCUGGUCACAGAGAUGAGAGACCUUCUUGAUCCCGUCAAUGUUCCGUGGGAGGUUGAGUGCCUGGCAAUUUACGGGGAUGUGGUUACCAGAAGCGGUAGACAACCCGAGGAUGGCAGUGGAUCAAACUCGACGGGCCAGAAUGUUCUGGAGAGAUGGGUGAGCUUUUUGCAGAACCUGCCAAACAAAUUCCCUUACGCUUCGCACACCGAUAUUGUGUGGUGUGUUGAGCGGGUAGGUACCUCGGUCAUGCGUGAUCUCACGCUUGCCCAAGGCAAGAGUUUCGGCUCUUGGUGGGUGACGAAGACUUGGGUUGACGAGAUGGUUUGCUUCUUGGCAGAGCAGGGCGGUUUUAUGAAACCUAGGCCUCACGCCCAGCCAUCCAUAAACACGUUUACCAACACUGAGACGGCAGAUAGGGAGUCCAGUCGUCAAAACUCACGGUACAACAGCGAUGGUGAUGAAUUAAGUCUCUCCUCCAAUGUAUCUCAGUCACAACCUGGAAGGGCUCCGUUUCCGCCGCCGCCGCCGCCGCCGAACAACCAUCAGGCAACACUAGGUGUUGGUGGUGGAGAUCCUCACGACGACAGCGGGAUUGGUAUCCGAACACCAGAAGAAGACUUCCCGGUGGACAAGUUUGCUUUCACAGCAAAUGAAAAUGGUGGCAUGGCAUCAGCAGAGUUGAGAACUGGGACGAGUUUAUAA